AUGGCACACCAAUUGCUGCGGCGGCCGGUCCUAGGUUGCAGGGCUCCCGCAGCCCUACCAUGCCCAGCACAGAUUGCUGUGACACGAACAGCAUGCAACAGGUUGCCAAUUGUGCUUCGCAUAUCGUCGCCUUUGCGGCCCCAGCAGUCCACAGUAAACCGCCGGGUCAUCCCUCAAACUCCGUGUCUAGCGGCUGCGGAGAGUGAGGUCGCCGACCCCAUGGAGCGGCCACGCUCCAGAUUCCUCUUCGACACAUCUCCUGAAAUUAUCGACAGUCCGGACGCACCAGAAUUGCCCAUGCCAAGCGAAUAUCAGCAAACUUUAUGGACGUCCUUUGCGUUGGCGGGUAUCGGCCUCCACACAGGAGAAUACGCCUGUGUUCGCGUGCGCCCCGCCUUCGCCGGGGAGGGCCGCUACUUCGUGCGGGUGGCUGAGGGCACCAACGCCCCCCGGGCCAUGGCGGGCGCGGAUAUGGACCUGCAGGAGGAGAUCAUGGAGGACAUUUCCACGGAGGAAGGUUUGCUGAACGACCCGGAGUACCGGCAGGAGCUGGUGACCGCCUACCAGGAGUAUGUGGAUGCGCAGGAGGAGGAGGGUUUUGGGGGAUCCUUUGUGGAUUACCUUCAGGCCCAGGAGUACACGGAUUUGGUGCAGCGUCUGGAGGAGCAGGGGCCCCCCAAGUUCCCGUUCUCCCAGGCAGAGGAGCCUCAACCCCGGGAUGAGGGGGAGGUGUACGUGCCCGCCUCGUGCGGGUUUGUGUACGAAGCCAACCCCAUCACCACCACAGUGGCCCGGGGGAACUUCCAGGUCGCGGGUGUGGAGUCGCUGCUGUCAGCCCUGGAGGCCUGCGGGGUGGAUAAUGCGAGGAUUGAGAUCGAGGGGGGUGAUGAGCUGCCCGUGCUGGACGGGUCCGCGGAGGGGUGGACUGACGAGAUCUGUCGGGCGGGGUUGCGGUACGCCCCCACCCGCCCCGACCUGACCGUCGCACUGCCCCCGGGGGCCCUGGGGGGUUUGGGGCCGGGGGGGGAGGGGGAGGAGGGGGGCAGCACUGCGGGAGCGCGAGGAGGGGAGGGGCAAGGGGAGGAGGAGGGGGAGGAGGGUGUACGACAAGGAGGUGUGGCGGCGGAAGGGAGACCCGUACCGAAGCUCGUACUGCGGCCCCAAUCGGUAGUUUCGGUUGUCCGCGGCUCCUCCUUCGUAACGCUCUACCCGGAGGACACCUUCCGCAUCACCGCGGGUCUGGACCGGCACCGGGAGGCACCCGUGAUCGGGAAGCAGUGGCUCACGUGGUGCAUGUUUGAGGACGUACACUACAAGCACGCUCUGAGCGGCGCACGCGGCUUCGUGAGCUCCCCCGAGCAGGCCAUGGGGAUGCGAGAUGCCGGGUGGUUGAUGGGCGGUACGGAGGGGGUGAUGCUGAUUGCCCUGGACGACCGUUGGUACGACCCCGAUCUGGUACGACAUGCUGACGAGCCCGCCAGGAGGCAGAUUCAGGAUCUCAUAGGUGACUUGUCGCUGCUGGCUCGCGACGGUCAUUCGGGUUUGCCGUGCGGCCACAUUGUGUCGUACAACGCGGAUCACGAGCUGAACGUUGCCUUCGUCGAGAAGCUUCUGGAGUCCACUCGGCAAGACGGCGACCACGGGGACUGGGUGCCCAUCCGCAAUGUGGCCGGUCCUUCCCUCCCAGUGGAGUUGAGCGAGCUCAUGAGCGACGUCAUUGCCGAGCCGGGGGAGCUCGGGGCGGGAGAGGAGGACGAGGAGGAGGAGGAGGAGGAGGGGGCGGCGGCAGCUGGGGAGUACGACGAGGCGGAUGAGGAAGAAGUGGACGAGUACGGCGAGGCAGGGGAGUUUGAGGAGUACGAGGACGAGGAGGGGGUUGUGGAUGUGGAGGCGACGGAGGUGGAGGAUCCUAGGAAGCGGCGGGGUGGUGGUGGUGGUGGUGGUGGCAUGGGACGUCGCCGCCCCACCUCCACGACCAGCAAACCACACAGGGACCCCCCACAGCCACCAAGGGGGGCGGUUAGAAAACCAGGAGGGCAGACCAACUUGGCGAAUGACGACAUACCGUACGGCUUUACCACCAAAUGA